ACGGUAUCUAAUUGAUUGCAGGUAAGAGGCGUCAGGCGUGACGAUUGCGUUGCGCGACCAGCUCCAAAUCGGAGGGAUGGCGCAACACGACGGAGCAGGUUGGCUGAGCCGAACAUGAGAGUAGCUCGCAUACAGCUCAAAGGCGGACGAAUCCUUGACAUGGCAGCUCCAUCAAGCACAGAUAAGCAGCCUCUGCUGCCAUCGACCGAGCCUAACAAUAUCCUCCCAAAAACCGACAUGAGUAGAGAACAGGUGAUGCAAGAGCUAAACCUCGACAUUAACAAAACUGCUGGAUCUCGCCAUCACAACGCUCGGCCGCUCGCUCGCGAGGAGAUGCAGCUACGCCAGGAGGGUGCCUUCGACAAACGAACCACCGAGGAGGUGCGCAACGAAGAGCACAAGGAGCGUAAACACAGUCUCUCCGACAUGCUUGCGCAUCCAUCGCACAUCCCGCACCCUCACCUGGUCCAUGACCCCAGAGCUUCGAUUGCGAACUCGAGUCCCCUGACUGUGGUCAGGGAUCCAAAGUCCGGAGAUUACAUUACGGCGCCCAACCCACAUUGGCCGGAAGAAGAUAGCUGGAAGCGCGAAAACGUCAGAAGCGGAAGGGGAGACGACAGCACCAUUGCACCAGGUGGGGUCGGCGGCGUGUCUUACUUCUAGCCGUUUGGUCAUGGCCUGAUGACAGACCGUCUGACAACUGCACGGUUAUGGCUGGGCAUAUCCUU